AUCAGUCUGGUCCUACAGCUGACCAGGGUGGCAGCCAGCUGCAAGUGCCUAAGAACUUGGCACUGCCCACUUCCAUCUAAAGGGGCACAUCUCCCUUCUGGGUGGCACACAUCCAGUCAAAGAUCUAAAACGACUCUAUCAUCAAGAUGUCUGACGAUAUUGACUGGUUACACAGCCGCAGGGGCGUGUGCAAAGUAGAUCUUUACAACCCGAAAGAGCAACAAUAUCAGGACCGAAAAGUGAUAUGCUUUGUGGAUGUGUCCACCCUGAAUGUGGAAGAUAAAGAUUCCAAGGGUGCUGCUGGUUCCAGGUCAGAAGGUGAAUUAAACCUGGAGAAUCUGGAAGAAAAAGAGAUUAUCGUGAUCAAGGACACUGAAAAACAAGACCAAUCUAAGACGGAGGGAUCUGUGUGUCUUUUCAAACAAGCUCCCUCUGAUCCCAUAAGUGUCUUCAACUGGCUCCUCAAUGAUCUCCAGAAGUAUGCCUUGGGUUUUCAACAUGCGUUAAGCCCCUCAGCCUCUAGCUGUAAACAUAAAGUAGGAGAUUUAGAUGGUGAAUAUCAAAGAAUACGCUAUGAGAACUGCUACAGUGUGUACGCUGAUCAACUAAACGCUGAUUAUCUAAACAAAGGACCUCAAAGCCUACGCCUAGAAAUGACAGCAUCCAAAAACACCAACAAUAACCAAAGUCCCUCAAAUCUUGCAGCCAAAUCUCCUAGCAAUCAGAGAUCAGUUGCCACUCCUGAUGGAGAAUGCUCUAUGGAUGACCUUUCCUACUAUGUCAACCGGUUGUCUUCUCUGGUAAUCCAAAUGGCCCGUAAGGAAAUCAAGGACAAAUUGGAGGGUGGGAACAAAUGCCUCCAUCAUUCAGUGUAUGCACCCACAGGAGAAAAGGGAAAAAUCAGCCCCCGAAGCGCUGUGAGCAAAAUAGCUUCCGAGAUGGCCCAUGAAGCUGUAGAACUGACCUCAGCAGAAAUGCGUGGCAAUGGGGAGGAAUGCAGGGAUGGCAGGAAAACCUUUCUGUAUAGUGAAUUAUCUAACAAGAACAAGUGUGGAGAGAAGCAGAUGUGCCCAAAAGACAGCAAAGAGUUUGCAGAUUCCAUCAGCAAGGGGCUUAUGGUUUAUGCAAAUCAGGUGGCAUCUGACAUGAUGGUCUCGGUUAUGAAAACGUUAAAAGUGCACAGCUGUGGGAAGCCAAUUCCAGCUUGUGUGGUCCUGAAAAGGGUACUGUUAAAGCACACCAAGGAAAUUGUGUCUGAUCUGAUUGAUUCAUGCAUGAAGAACUUGCAUAACAUAACAGGAGUCCUGAUGACAGACUCAGACUUCGUUUCGGCUGUCAAGAGGAAUCUUUUCAAUCAUGGAAAACAAAAUGCAGCGGACAUCAUGGAGGCCAUGCUAAAGCGUCUGGUCAGCGCUCUUCUCGGUGAGAAGAAGGAAACUAAAUCUCAGAGUCUGGCAUACGCAACAUUAAAAACAGGAACUCAUGAUCCGAAAUGCAAGAAUCAGAGCCUUGAGUUCUCAGCUAUGAAAGCUGAGAUGAAGGGAAAAGAUAAAUGCAAACCAAAAACAGAUCCAUGCUGCAAAGCACUGACAAGUGCUGAGAAAGUCAGCGAACAUAUCCUCAAAGAGAGCCUCACUAUGUGGAAUCAGAAGCAAGGAAACCAAGGCAGGAUGCCUACCAAAAUAUGCCCCACUAAAGAUGAGAAGAGAGAAAAGAUCAGUCCUUCCACGGAUUCACUAGCCAAAGAUCUGAUUGUCUCUGCCCUUAUGCUCAUUCAAUACCAUCUGACCCAACAAGCCAAGGGCAAAGAUACGUGUGAAGAAGAAUGUCCUGGUUCCUCCAUGGGGUAUAUGUCCCAAAGCUCACACUUUGAAAAGUGUGGAAGUGGCCAAAGUUCUAAGUCACUUUCACUGAAGCAUUUUGAAAGUCGUGGAGCUCCUGGACCAUCUACAUGUCCAAAGGACGCGCAACUGGACUCCCAGAAGCUGGAUAUGUCAAACAUGGUUCUGUCCCUGAUUCAAAAACUUCUUAGUGAGAGCCCUUUCAACUGUGAAGAACAACUACCUGAAAAUGAGAAUAAGCGCUGUUGUGAUGCCAGAUCCAACAAAGCUUCUCCCAUGUCCAAGAGACCUGAAGAUCACUGCCAAGACAAUCUUGAACUGGACUUCAUCAGCGGGAUGAAGCAAAUGAACCGCCAGUUUAUAGAUCAACUGGUAGAAUCCGUGAUGAAACUGUGCCUGAUCAUGGCCAAAUACAGCAACAAUGGACCAGCCCUGGCUGAGCUGGAAGAACAAGCAGCCCUGGCAACUGGUGCCCAAAGAUGUGCUCGUGAAGGCGCAGCAGCAGCAGCACAGAACUAUCCAGAUACUCCUGGCCCUGAAGUGAUCGUCAACAAUCAGUGCACUACAAGUAACUUGCAGAAGCAGCUGCAGGCUGUCCUGCAGUGGAUUGCAGCCUCUCAGUUUAAUGUGCCAAUGCUGUACUUCAUGGGAGAUGAUGAUGGACUUCUCGAGAAGCUCCCUGAAGUUUCUGCCAAGGCAGCAGAAAAAGGCUACAGCGUAGGAGAUCUUCUUCAGGAGGUCAUGAAGUUUGCCAAGGAACGACAACUGGAUGAAGCAGUGGGCAACAUGGCUAGAAAGCAACUGCUAGACUGGCUUCUCACUAACCUGUAAGCUGAAAACUCCUUUGAACUCCCUUCCACUGUCCUCUCCCCAGCAGCAAUUCCACCCCAGCUGGAGCCACCCUCAACCGUCAGGCUGACGAACUACACAACUGCGAUGAUGUUUACCAAUCUGAGCAGUCGCACUGUGAAGAUACUGGGUGCCCUUGCUGGGCAACAUGAAUAAAAAGAAUUCAAAAA